AUGGCGGCCUUCGAGGACUUCCCGGACCGGCCCAUGCCGCUCGUCGAGGUGAGCGACGACAAGUCGCAGCUGUCGAUCAACCCCGAGGCCGCGGCGCUCCUGGCCCGCGUCGACUGCGUGCUCUGCCCCAUCGCCAUCGUCGGCCUCUACCGCACGGGCAAGUCGAGCCUGCUGAAUUUCCUCAACGGCAAGCAGCGGGGCUUCAAGGUCGGCCCGAGCGUGAGCCGGUGCACGCGCGGCGUCUGGAUCUACGGCAAGCCCAAGACGGUGACGCUCGGCGACGGCUCGACGUGCGCCGUCGUGCUCCUGGACACGGAGGGCGUCGGGGGCCUCGAGGCCGACGCCCAGUACGACACGCGUAUCUUCGCGCUCGCGACGCUGAUGUGCGCGGGGCUGGUCUACAACUCGCUCGGCUCCAUCGACGAGAACGCCAUCGGCCAGCUGAGCUUCGUGGCGCAGUUGUCGAAGCACGUGCGCUUCAAGAAGCCCGCGGCGCUCGAGGACGAGGACGACGCGUCCGAGGACGCGGCGCGCCUCGCGGCGUUCAUGCCCAGCUUCACGUGGGUCCUCCGCGACUUCGCGCUCGAGCUCGUCGACGAGCGCGGCGACGCGAUCACGUCGGACGAAUACCUGGAGCAGGCCCUGAAGCCCCAGCGCGGCUACGAGGCGUCCGUGCUCGAGCGGAACCGCGUGCGCCACAUGCUCACGGCCUUCUUCGGCGCGCGGCGCUGCGCGACGCUCGUGCGCCCCGUCUCCGACGAGAAGAAGCUCCAGCAGAUCGACGAGCUCGACGCGUCGGAGCUGCGGCCCGAGUUCGCCCGGGGCAUGGAGGACCUGCGGGACUCGCUCUUCGCACCGGAGAACGUCAAGCCCAAGGCCAUCGACGGGUCGCCGCUCCGCGGCGCGACCUACGUCGCGUUGCUGGAGCAGUACGUCGACGCCGUCAACUCGGGCGGCGUGCCCGUGAUCAGCUCCGCCUGGGACCACGUGAGCGCCGGCGAGUGCGCGUCCGCGUUAACCGACGCGUUCGCGGCCUUCGAGGCGGCGGCGUCGGCGCGCGCCCUCCCCUGCGAGCAGCCCCUGCUGGACCGGGACGUCGAGGCGGCGCUCGGCGCGGCGUUCACCGCCUUCGACGCGCGCGCCGUCGGCGACGCCAAGGCGGCCAAGCGCGACGAG